ACGUGAACGUGCUUCUCUUCCUUACACAACAAAGAUGGCGGCGCACUGUAGGAACCUGAUGAGGUCGACUUUGCAAGGUUUGUAUAAGUUAUCAAAUAGGACAUUAUGGAUUGGAUCUCGCUAUGAGCAAAGCGUUGCUCGUCCCAGACUGCAGGACAAUGUUUUGCACGGCAGAGCUCUACACUGCGGACAUUACGCUUUACAAACCAUCACCAAGACAGAGUCUCCAAAAGUUACGAACAACCAGAAAGCACCAGAACCUGAAAACAAGACCAGCAAACAAAAGAUAGAUGAAGAGGAGGAGGAGGAGGAGGAAGAUAACAGGCCUGAGUACAUCCCCAAAAGAAAGGCCAAAAAUCCUCUGAUGAAAGUUGGAUAUGCAUGGAUGAUCGGCCUGCCUGCUGGAAUCAUUGGCUUUAUUCUGGCGAAGAGACAGGUGGACAAGAACCGACUGAAGCAGCUGAAAAUCAGACAGAGAAUGAAGAAAGCCAACGAGGGAGAUUACGAGAGAGACCGAUAUAAAUCAGCCACCAGGAUGCAGUGAAAGCUGUACUUUGAGAAAAUGACUCUAUUGUGUUAGAUAAUGGCCUCAUUGUGCACAAAAUUGCAUUGGGUUGCCAUGGAAACAGUGAACGGAGCAGGAUAUAACAAAGACAUCGUAGAAAGCAAACAUUUAUUAUAGUGGAACUUUGAGCUUAUGGAUGAGGGGUUGAUGAAGACCUCGACUGAAGGAUUUCAGUGCUGCCUGUUUGAAAUGUUUUCUAUUUUGCUGCAGUCAUCACCAUGCUUGUUCAUAUGCAUACAGAACACCAUUAUAAGCAACCACUAGUAAAAUCAAUUAAAUAAUA